CGAAGGGAACAUGAAGGCGAGCGUGACUGUAUCGCCAAGCGUUCGCAAGAAUGUAACCAUCGCUCAGUCACUCGCUGUACACGCGCGCUGGCGGACUAGUGACAGUUUCACUCCGCGCUUUUGCUAAUAAGACACGAAGCGAGUUUCUCUGCUGAUUCAUGGGAUGGUCUGACUCAGCUGUCUGAGAGAUGCAGAGAUCUGGCACUGUACUAGAAUUUUCUAUUGAUCCUGUGCUUAAGUGAGUGUCCCGGAACUCAGAGACAAUCCCUGUGAAUGUGUUCAGAAGAAAUCUGGUAAUAUUAUCUCUCUACAGAGUAAAUGCAUUGCCUUGAUAAAGAGAGCAGUGCCGCUACACAAGAGGGAAGCCACACAGGAUGUCUUGGGUCAGUGGCUUUAAAUCUGUAAGAGUGGACCACCAUAAAACAGCAUGGGGUGAACGCAAUGGCAGAAAGUCGAGGCAUAAGAGGGGCUCAUCCCUGUGCAACCCACGCUACAUGAGCUGUCUUCGGGACCAGGAGGCCAUGGAGUCUCCAUCACAACACAACUCCUGUGCAGCAGGGGGUGCCUCUAGCAGCAACUUCAGCACACGAUGUGUCUGGCAGGAAGACCACUAUGGCAGAAAGGGCGAUGUGGGUCUGAGGGCUGUGGACCUGGCCUUUGAAGAUGCUGAAAUGAGGCAAAAAGAUGGAGAGGGCCAGGGUGAUGGUGGCCAAGAGAGGAAGGGUCCCAAAAGGUGUUUUUUUGGUUGCUUGAUGCAUUUAGCUCAUGUCUUUCAGUCCAAGAAAUUCCAAUCAGCCAAGCUUGAGAGAUUGUAUCAGCGAUAUUUCUUCCGGUUAAACCAGAGCUCUCUUACAAUGCUGAUGGGUGUGCUGGUUGUGGUUUGUGGGGUCAUGCUGGCUUUCCACUGCAUCCAAGGGCCGCCUGGCAUUGCAUAUGCCUCUGUUCUCUCUGUAGCUAUGGGGCUGUUCUUGGCCUUGAUGGUGGUGUGUAACAGAAAUGGCUUUCACCAGGACUAUAUGUGGAUCGUGAGUUACCUGGUAAUGGGGGUGUUAGUGGUGGUGCAGGUGUUUGGAGUGUUAAUGGUGGCUCCACGCAGUGCAUCUGAAGGGAUCUGGUGGACAGUAUUCUUCAUCUACAUCAUCUACACGUUGUUGCCAGUGCGUAUGAGAGCAGCUGUGAUUACUGGGUCUGUGCUCUCCACUAUUCACAUUAUUACAGCAUGGAGACUCAACCUUGGGGACAGCUUCCUCUGGAAACAGUUAAGUGCUAAUACGCUGAUUUUCCUUUGCACCAACAUCAUCGGCAUCUGCACACACUACCCAGCUGAAGUAUCUCAGAGACAGGCCUUCAAAGAGACCAGAGGAUACAUCCAGGCCAGAAUACACCUUCAGAGAGAGAACCAGCAGCAGGAGCGCCUGCUGCUCUCAGUGUUGCCAAGGCAUGUUGCCAUGGAGAUGAAGGCAGACAUCAAUGCCAAGAAAGAGGAUAUGAUGUUCCACAAGAUCUACAUCCAGAAACACGACAAUGUCAGUAUCCUGUUUGCUGACAUAGAGGGCUUCACCAGUUUGGCAUCGCAGUGCACAGCCCAGGAGCUGGUGAUGACCCUUAAUGAGCUUUUUGCUCGCUUUGAUAAAUUAGCUUGGGAAAACCACUGUCUGCGGAUCAAGAUAUUGGGGGACUGUUAUUACUGUGUGUCUGGUCUUCCAGAACCGAGGGCAGAUCACGCUCACUGCUGUGUGGAGAUGGGGGUGGACAUGAUCGAGGCCAUCUCAUUGGUACGUGAGGUCACAGGAGUGAAUGUGAACAUGCGUGUGGGUAUACACAGCGGCCGUGUGCACUGCGGGGUGCUCGGGCUGCGCAAAUGGCAGUUUGAUGUCUGGUCAAAUGAUGUCACACUGGCCAACCAGAUGGAGGCUGGAGGCCAAGCAGGGCGGAUCCACAUCACCAAAGCCACGCUGCAGUAUUUAAAUGGAGACUAUGAGGUGGAACCAGGUUUUGGAGGGGACAGAAACGCAUACCUGAAAGACAACAACAUUGAGACUUUUUUUGUGCUUGGCUGUACUCAGAAUAGGAAAGAAGAGAAAGCCAUGAUGGCUAAGAUGCAGCGUGCCAGAGCCAACUCUUCAGAGGCGCUGAUAGCGCGCUGGGUUCCUGACAGAUCUUUCUCCAGAACUAAGGAUUCCAAAGUCUUCAGACAGAUGGGCAUAGAUGAAGCCUCCAGCAAAGAUAACCGCUGUGCACAAGAGGCUUUGAAUCCAGAAGAUGAGGUCGAUGAGUUUUUAGGUCGGGCCAUAGAUGCUCGUAGCAUCAACCAGCUGCGCAAAGACCAUGUCAAGAAAUUCCUGCUCACAUUCAAAACCCCUAUUCUGGAGAAAAAGUACUCCAAAAAGGUGGAUGAUUGUUUUGGCAGUUAUGUGGCCUGCACUCUCCUCGUCUUUUGCUUCGUUGUUUUUAUUCAAAUCAUCAUCUUCCCGCCGACACACUUAAUGCUGUGCAUGUUCAUCAGCAUCUUUAUUAUCCUCGUCCACGUCCUCUUUUUAAGUGCCAUUUACUCCUGCGUUAAGCUUUUCCCAGUUAGCUUACAGACAGUGUCCAAGAGGAUUGUUCAAUCCCGUAUUAACAGCACACUAGUUGGAGUCUUUGCCAUUCUGCUUCUCUUCAUCUCUGCCUUUGUUAAUAUGUUUGCCUGUGAUGGAGACAGACUGUUAGACUGUUUGGACAUACAGCAGAAAAAUAAUGUUUCAGUUAUUUUGUGUCGGCUGCAUAAUCUGACUCAAACAGCAAAGGACACCACCACCCUGUGUCCUGCCCAGACUUCAUGUGUUUUACCCGAGUACUUCACUUACAGUGUGCUGCUGACUCUGCUGUGCUGCUCAGUGUUCCUGCACAUCAGCAGUAUAGGCAAACUGAUCCUCAUGGUCUUCAUCCAGAUCUCCUUUCUGCUGCUAGUGGAGUGGCCUCUGGUCACUCUGUUAGACUACGCCGACAUGUUGGUCACUGCCAAUGCACUGACUUCUUUCAAUGAAACAGAGAUUUGCACGGCGAGUGUGACUAAAGUGUCUAUGAAGGUGAUGAUUCCUGUCAUCCUCACAGUGUUUGUACUGGCUCUUUACCUGCAUGCACAGCAGAUCGAGUCAACUGCACGCCUUGACUUCCUGUGGAAGCUACAGGCUACUGAGGAGAAAGAGGAGAUGGAGGAGCUGCAGGCCUACAAUCGUCGUCUCCUUCACAAUAUCCUGCCCAAAGAUGUGGCUGCCCACUUCCUUGCAAGAGAGCGUCGAAACGAUGAGCUUUACUAUCAGUCGUGUGAAUGUGUGGCCGUUAUGUUUGCCUCCAUCAGCAACUUCUCUGAGUUCUACACUGAGCUGGAAGCCAACAAUGAGGGUGUGGAAUGCCUGAGACUACUCAAUGAGAUCAUCGCUGACUUUGAUGAGAUCAUAUCUGAAGAGAAAUAUAAGCAAUUAGAGAAGAUCAAAACUAUUGGUAGUACGUACAUGGCAUCAUCUGGACUUAAUGACUCGACGUAUGACAGAGAAGGCCGCACACACAUUCUAGCCUUGGCUGACUAUUCCAUGAGACUGCGAGAACAGAUGAAGUACAUCAAUGAGCACUCAUUCAACAACUUUCAGAUGAAGAUCGGUCUGAACAUUGGGCCAGUGGUUGCUGGUGUGAUUGGAGCCAGAAAGCCUCAGUAUGACAUAUGGGGAAACACAGUGAAUGUGGCCAGUCGCAUGGACAGCACAGGUGUACCAGAUCGCAUCCAGGUGACAACUGACCUGUACCACGUACUAGAAAGAAAGGGCUACCAGCUGGAGUGCCGUGGACUUGUUAAAGUGAAGGGGAAAGGAGAUAUGACCACUUACUUCCUCAACAGUGGUCCAGCCAGCAGUUAAUAUUGACCAAAUGCCUCUCAAUCCACUGAAAUGUGGGAAGGACAACUGAAGGCUGUUAAUGGGAUUUGGACCUUACCUGGAUCCAAAUUCAACCACUCACAAGCUCUCUCUCUCUCUCUCUCUCUCUCUCUCUCUCUCAUGACGUCAGCAUUAAUGGGCAUGUGUAAUAUAUAAUAUAUGCACAUCUUGAGAAUUAUUCCCAUUCUGAGGUAUGCUCACAGGCUACCUGAAAGAUUUAAUGAUCCAUGAACUGUUGCCUUCGAUGGAGAUGACUGUGGGGGAAAUACUUAUUUUGGGGGAAAGGCUUAUUUAUUUUGACAGGUUUUUAAACCAUGUAAAUAAAUCAGACAAUUAUAAAUAUGCAAGCAUCAAGAAGCAAGAAGAAACUGACCUUUUUCCUUUUGUUUGACUUUGUGUCACUCUUUACUGUAAAUGCCAAGUUCUAUGACAAGACACAAAAGCAAAAAAGUCUUCAAUGAAGGCCUUAGAGAAAUUCCAGUUACUUGUAUUUACAAUGGCUUUGAUUUAUGUUUCAUCCAUAUGUUUUUCCAUUUUAGUAUGUGUGUGCAAAUGAAGUAACUUAAAUGAAGGUCAAGAAAUUUUAUUCAACAAAAAUAUUUAGCUUUCUCAUUUGUUAAUUUAUGUGUGUGGAUGGGGAGAGUACGUGUGUUUGCAUGUGUGAAGGGACUAGUGUCUGAGUGAAUACAGAGCACUAUCUUCAAAGGACGUAACAGCUCACUGUGAGGUUUAUAAAAUUAAUUUAAUUCCUUUUUUUUUUUGCCAAAUUAAGUGCUGAAGUGUGUGUCUAAUUUAAAUGCUUAAUUCUUUGUUUGUUCUCUGUUAACAGGUCAUUUCCCUACCAUUUGAAUUCAGUAAUGUAUUCUACAAAUUGCAGCUCUCUUUAUUAAUUCCUACAGAAAUGACUGAAAAUGUGAACACACAAAUGAACAAGACCUCCAUAUUGCUGUUGAAUUUCAAUACAGUAUAGUCUGCUUAAGACCCUUGUAAAUAGGUUUAAAUGUGCUGCCGGGAGCCAAUAGGGGUUAGUGGGUGAUGACAAAAGUGGCUAGACUGCAAAGUUGUCCAUUUAACAGUGUUCAGUUGAAGUCAUUUUCAGCAUUUCCUCACGAGUGUCCUUAGACAUGCUAACAUAAAAAAAAAAACCUUAUGCAACUACUGGUCAAAAGUGAACGUUAGCACUGCUGCAGAGUAUCAUAUAGUUUAACAUUCCCACUGUAUAGACACAUCUAUGACUGUAUUGCUGAAAAACAUUCUUUCCCCCCUUAAGGAUUUUCCGAUAUAAAUGUAAAAUGAAACCGUUUAACAUUCUUACCUUGUCAUACAUACAAAUGCACACAUCAUUUUUUUCAGGGAAAAUAUGUUUGUGGUACAUCAACCUUUCAAGACCUUUUUAUUGGAAAGGUGGCAAACAAUAAAUUGGGUGUUUUAU